AGAUUAAAGAAUUUCAGCGAAAGAGAGUGGAGGAGCUACAAAGAAGUAUUGACCAGUAUGCAGCCUACCAGCUGACCUGUUCACGGGCCACCCUUAACACACUCACACAGGCACUUAGCCAAAUCAAAGCUAUCAAUUUAUAGACUCAUCCCUCAAAGUCUAUGGGGCUCACCCACAUCAUAGAUAAGCUCACACCAUGGUACACCAUUAUCACACUGCAACUGUACUUACUAUGCAGUGUAAAAUGCCCUCCAGCCUUCCCCACUUGCCUAUCCCAGAUGAAAUAUGAUAAUUUUUUAAAUAUAAAUUUGGCGGUUUCUAUGAAAUAAGCUUCUAAUCUGAUUCAUCUUUGAGAACUAAAAUUAUUUCAAGUGUCAAACAAAAUGUCUAGAUGUGAACAAAUCAAAGGCUGCCAGUCAGUGCAUCGGGUUGUAGCUGUACCUAGGAUAACUUGGAGGAAUAACAACCGUCCAGCAAGUGGUGUGAGCAAAAAACACAUAGUCAUAAUGAUCUCAGACAACAUAUCCUGAUAACACAAGAGUGUUUGAGCAUAAUAAUCCAUCACAAAAAGGCUGUUCAUGAAUCACAUAAUUCAUUAAGUAGGUGACUGGUUCUUCCAAAGCUACAAAAGACCUGUCAUGUAUCACAAAUCAAUAUGAAUAUGAUUUUAUUGAAUUUUAUGCCUUUUAUUAAAGGGAUAGUGUUAAGUGAGCUGGCUUGAUGAAGGCGUUCAUUGCACGUCUCUUUAUAGACCACUUUUUGAAAGAUCAAUGCAGAGUGUUGUGGGGAGUACAUAUGGGUGUGAGAUUAUUAAAUUCUGUAUUUUCAAUUUUUUGUGAUUAUCAUGUUAGUUUAAUCUGGAUCAUCGUUAUAACAGCUUAUGCACUAUGAUUUUCUUUUAUAGUAUUGUUAUAAGGAUUAAUCUUUUCUGUUCAGGUUAUAUUUUCAGGUUUAAAGAAAUUCAAGAAAUCCUAUACAUGUUAGUUAUUGGACA